GCCGGCGUGGCUCCGCGGCCGCGCAUUGUGCGCCAGCCGCUGCCCGGGCGGAGCUCCGGGAGGGGUCGUGGCCACUCAGCCCCCCCGACCCCGCCGGGCCGGGCCUCGCCGCCAGCGCUGCCCUCGGGGGCGCCUUCCGGGCUCGGCGCGGACAUCUGCUCUCCGAAGCCAAUCACAGCAGAUCUUGCAGCAUAUUUCAAAUCUUCUUCUGUCACCUCCUUAAUGUUGGGACACAAAACUGCUUGCACUGUCUGUGCCCAUGGAAGCUCUUGUGCCUUCUUUAGAGAGGUGACUUUUUUGCGAGGGCCUGACUUUUUUCAACCAGUUUGUAUUGCCUGUCAAGAAUUUUCAUGUUGACUCUCAGAAACCUGCUGCAGAGUCUUCCCUGUUUACUAUUCAGUCCUGUUUUCUUCUUCCUUUAGCAGUUUCUUUUUUGAACAGCAGACGGAGGGAACUGCUCGCACUGCUGCUGCUGCCGCUGCUCCAGCUGCGUGUGUUGAAGUUCAUGAGUUCGCCCAGCCUCAGUGAUCUGGGCAAGAGAGAGCAGGCAGCCUUGGAUGAGCGGGGGACCCAGCAGCGCCGGGCCUGCUCCAACGCUACCUGGAACAGUAUCCACAAUGGAGUGAUAGCAGUAUUCCAGCGUAAGGGUCUCCCAGACCAUGAGCUGUACAACCUCAAUGAAGGAGUCAGGCAAUUACUGAAAACAGAACUGGGAUCAUUUUUCACUGAGUAUCUGCAGAAUCAGCUGCUCACAAAAGGCAUGGUGAUCCUAAGGGACAAGAUCCGGUUUUAUGAAGGCAGGUGUUCAGCCAUCCCAGGAAAGUUGGGUUCCAUGCACCAUGGUGACUCGAGAAGACAAACAGAGCCACUCCAAAUGUCCAAGGUUCCUCCAUCUCCCCCAGCUCUGUAUGCUGACCAUGACACCAUAUGGUCUGGGAUGUCCCUGUGGCCAGGGCAGAAGCUACUGGAUACCUUAGCUGAAACCUGGGAUUUUUUCUUCAGUGAUGUCCUGCCCAUGCUGCAGGCUAUUUUCUAUCCUGUGCAGGGAAAGGAGCCCUCAGUUCGGCAAUUGGCUCUUCUGCAUUUUAGGAAUAUAAUUACCCUCAAUAUCAAAUUGGAAGAUGCAUUAUCCCGUUCCAGAGCCAGAGUUCCACCCUCUAUUAUUCAGAUGCUGCUAAUACUUCAGGGGGUUCAUGAGUCAAAAGGUGUGUCUGAAGAUUAUUUGAAACUGGAAUCCCUGAUCCAGAAAGUUGUUUCUCCUUACUUGGGCACGUAUGGUCUGUAUUCCAGUGAUGGACCCUUCAUGCACUCUGCCUGUAUCUUGGAGAAGCGGUUCUUCAGACGUUCCAAGUCGGGUGACGUCCUUGCCAAGAACCCCGUGGUGCGAUCAAAGAGCUACAACAAUCCACUGCUGACACCCGUGGCCGAGUAUGACACUGAGAGCAUAGCUGCCAACGGAACCGGCAUCCGAAGGCACUCUGUCUCAGAAAUGACCUCCUGCUUGGAGCUCCAGGGGUACUCCAACCUCACCACCGUCAUGGACAACGGUUCCAAGAGCUCCAUGACAACCAUGAAAAGCUCACUGCCAGGAGACCAGGAGAGGCCCAGCACUGGGUCAGUGCAGUGCUCCAGCAAACUCAGCACAGCUGAGCAACAGACAGAACUCUUCCACGCAGUUGGUGACCCACACAGGUCUUUUGAGCUAGACAGAGACACUUCCUUACUUCCAGUUCCCUCUUCCAGCCCUGAGAACAUAGUGGAUCAGAUUUUGGAGUCCAUCGACUCUGAUUCUGAAGGCAUUUUCAUUGAUUUUGGCCGAGGCUGUUCCAAUUCAUCAGCAUACAAUGUGGACGUGAACAGACAGAGCAUCGUGUGAAGGAUAUUAGGAGACAAACUGAGGGGUUUAAUUAUAUAUGAAAGUUACUAACGCAGUGUAUCGGACUAUGGGCAAGCUGUCUAUGCCUGGGCAGAUUUAAGGCAGAUUUGCCAGGUCAUCGUGGCUGUACGGAACAAACACUGUUUGUUUGUAGCAGGUGGGAAUCUGCUGAGGGGGAAGCAACUCCAGCUGCUUUUCCCCAUCCCUGUCAGCCGGCAGAUGGAUUUCCUAUUUCUUUAUAAACUUAGGGGUUCACAAACUCACAAGUGUCUGGUAAAAUACUAUUAGUGCAGCUGGCAGUGUUUGUUCAGGAAAACAGCUCAGCAAAUAGCUGUGCUCGCUUCUAAUUUUCUAAAGAGGUUUCCUGCAGAUGGUAGGUUGUUCUCUGAAGUGUAACACCUCAGCCAGAGUAGAAACAUAUCCUUUAAAAACAAACAAAAACAAAAGGCAUUUGGCUUUCAUGCCACAGAAUACAAUAAUAAAGAAGUCUCUUUUAAUCUUUUUCUUGUACAUCCUUGUAUGCACUCCUUUGCCUAAUGGGUGACUUCGAGUUCUUGAAGAAAGGCAAAUAAACAGAAAUAUGCUUCCUGAUGUCACACAA